UGUUUCCCCCUGACAAUGAGCUGCAGAGACACAAGGGGGCGCUCCAGUGCCAGUGUCUGACAGACUCACAUAAAGCGCAGCCCCUGAGGCAGCAGCAGCAGCAGAUCGUUAUCAGUCACAGGCAGGAGAGCAGCAAAUCGUGGGAGACUCCAUGGAUUCAAAAUAUUGCGUCUGGAUGCGACACACAUGGAGCUGGUUACAAGUGUAAAUAAGGCGCAGGUCGGCACAGCUUGAGGCGGAUCCAGUUGUCAGUGGAGUAUGAGGCGGAGUACAGGGGCUGCUGCUGCGGAGGGAUCUCACUUCUACACUCGGCCGAGCACAGCAAUGGGCUUCCCUCUCACACCGCCCUAGUGGUCCAGUCCUGCUGCAGCUGUGUAUAUAGUCAUAUAUAGGUGUAUACAGGUGUAUAUGUCUGUGUGAUACAAUGGGAGGCACGUGCCACUGGGAUCCCUGAGGAGACGCCGGGGAAUAAGCGACAGAAGAGACAACUCGGGGAGGUUAAUGACAAUGGGGUCGCUCUGUUACUUGUUCUUCUUCUUUCUGACUUGGGGCAGCGCCGUUGCACAGGGGGAGUAUUGUCACGGCUGGCUGGACGCAGCAGGGAACUACCAGGCCGGUUUCCAGUGUCCGGAGGACUUUGACACAGUCGACGCCACAAUCUGUUGCGGAACUUGCGCCCUGCGGUUCUGUUGCGCGGCCGCGGACGCUCGUCUGGAACAAGGAAGUUGCACCAACGACCGAGAAGUGGAGAGAUCUGGAGUCAGUGCGCAGCCGGUUUAUGUUCCAUUUCUCAUCGUUGGCUCCAUAUUUAUUGCGUUCAUCAUCGUGGGAUCGCUGGUGGCCGUCUACUGUUGCACGUGCCUCAGGCCUAAGCAAACGUCCCAACAACCAAUGAGAUUCACCUUGCGCACUUACCCCCCAGAGACUCUCCCCAUGAUUCUGACCAGUGGUAACCUGCGAACUCCAUCCAGGCAAUCCAGCACAGCUACCAGCUCCACCUCAACUGGAGGCUCUGUACGGAGACUGUCCUCUUCCAGAGCUGACCCUGGCUACCUGGUUUCCUCUCCUCCUCCUCCUUACUCCUCAGCGCACUCCAUCCAUUUAAACCCAUCCUCCACAUUCCUGCUGUCAAACCAAUACUUUUCUUACCCGCUGCAGCCUGAAGCUAUUGCCAAUAAGAGCUGCCCGGAUUUCCGACAGAGCUAACAGAAUCCCAGAAGACACUGACUUCUAUUCUAGCGCAUUGUUAUGGGGAGAACAAGUAACUUUCCUACAGCCCUUCAGAACUAUGGAAUAUUGUGAAUUUAUUUCAAGAGUCAGAACUGAUACAGUGGGCAAAUGGUAAACAUUUUUUUAUUUGGGACAUAUUUACUAUCAAUGGUUAUAAUUUCUCACUCCUAGUAUGUUAUUUAUAUUAAUAAAAAAAAGUCACUAC